AGACAAUUUCGUGUUUAAUCAAAAUAUGUUCUUCCUUCAAAACAUAACUUUGGCAAGAAUUGAGACUAAUAUCGAAGUCAUUUUAUUUUUUCUGGUUUCGAUAUCUUUAUUGCGAUGAUGAUGAAGAUACCGAGAGCAUUGAGAUGAUGAGGUUGAUAUCUAAGACGUUCCCGUCCGUGAAGCUUUGCGAUCACAACCCUAGCCUUAAAGCUCCGAACUUCAAAGAAUUGAAAUCUUCGAUUCCGAUUUCAUCUUCUUAUUCACAAGAAAACUCGAAGACCCAUAAACCCAAAUCUUGGUCCGUGUAUCUCAUUCUCUCUACCAACGAACCCAUCAAAACAUAUGUCGGCAUCACCACCGAUAUUGCUCGCCGAUUAAAGCAGCACAAUGGUGAAAUUAGAGGUGGUGCAAAAGCUUCAAGUGCAGGAAGGCCUUGGCUUUGUGCCUGUAUCAUCACUGGAUUCACUUGUCUAAGCCAAGCUUCCUCCUUUGAAUCGAAAUGGAAGAUCUUGUCAAGAAAAUUACCUCGGAGAAAGAAAGACGAGGAGAUAAAUCAGAGUGAUGCUUUGCUGCAACACCGGAAGAGAGCAUUGGAUAAAGUACAAGACUCACUAAAAUGCAGUCACCUUGAAACCGACUGGAAAUUAUGACCAGGUGACAACCACAACUAACUUAUGGACAUCAUUGAUAUCCUGUGAUGUGAGUCUUUAAUGUUGGGACUUCACGAAAACUGUGGAAAAGUGUAGAACUAGCAUUCGGGUUUAGUUGUUAUAUAGCAAUUGUUUGAAAACUACAUUGCACAAUGCACAAACCCAUGAGCUGUUGUAUUUUAUGGAACACAUUAAUCGAAUGAUACACAAAAGUGACAGCAAAUAUACUCAAUAUUGGUUGAUU